AUGGUAUCCCCAGAAGCCCAGCAGCAGCAGCAGCAGCAGCAGCUUCAACAGUCGAGUUCUGUACUGCAGCAGCAGGAGAGUGGCUCGAUGGCCCCCAAGUCUGAACCGUCUAAACAAGGGUCUUUGCUGCUGCAGCAGCAACCUUCCAGCACAACCCUUGUACACCUUGCACCUUCUGCAGCUAAGAAGAAACUGCUGCAGCAGGAGGCCCGUAGGAAGCAGCAGCAACGAGGAGCAGCAAGAAGAAAGGGUUCUUCCGGGGCCACCCCAGGGAAAAACGUAGCGGGGGCCCCCGCUAAGGUGCAAGCAACGGGGGGUAGACAGAAGAAAAUAAAUAACAGCAAGCAGAAACAAAAAACAGAAAAAAAGAAAACAAACAACAAAAAGACAAGCAGGGCAACAUCACCAGCGGCAUCACGAGGCACAGCAGAUGGUGCGACGAGAAAAACACAGCUGAAGCAGCAGGUGCUGCAGCAGGAGGGGGAGCAGCAGCAGGAGCAGCAACAGCAGCAGGAGCAGCAACAGGAGCAGCAGCAGGAGCAGCAGCAGGAGCAGCAGCAGGAGCAGCAGCAACAGGAGGAGCAGCAGCAGCAGGAAAGCAAGGCCGCCAUCUUCUAUGACUCUGCGGGGCGGCCGAUGCGUCUCCUCUCUUCGGGUCGGUUUGAGCUGCUGGUGCCGUAUUCCCCAGCAGCAACAGCAGCAGCAGCAGCAGCAGAAACAGCAGCAGCAGCAGCAGGCAGCAACCCUUGUUUAUUGAAGGUUCGUAGAGAAGCUGUUGCUGGUCAAGAGGGUUUAUCUGCUGCUGAGGAGGGUGUGUUUGUGCGUCGGUUCCCGCGGCGUUGCAACCCCCCCAUUGCAUGCAGCAGCAGCAGCAGCAGCAGCAGCAGCAGCAGCAGCAGACGAGCAAUCCCUGUGAAGGUUCGGCUGCUGCAGAGACACCCCAAGCAAGAAGCAAAAAUCCUAGAACAAGUCACCAGGCCCCCCACACCCCUAGAACAGGGCGUGCUGCACUUCAGGCUGCUGCAGGUGCAGCAGCAGAAAGACAGAGAAACAAGAAGAGCUGUUGCUUACGAGUGGAAGGCUUCGCCGCCACCACAGAUACUCAAUACACAGAAAAAAGAAGAAACAAAUACACGUAUACACACUGCUGCUGCUGCUGCUGCUGAUGCUGCUGCUGCUGCGGAUGCUGCUGGGGAUGUCACCAGGUCAAACUCAGCUGCAGCAGCAAACAGCACUGCAGCAGAUGCUACUGCUGCUGCUGCUGCUGAUGGUACUGCUGCUGUCUCUCCUAAUAGCCAACAGCAGGACGAGCAGCUGCAGCCGCAGCAGACGCAAGACAUGCACCAACAAUACAUGCAGCAGCAGCAACAGCAGCAGCAGCAGCAGCAGCAGCAGCAGCAGGAAGAAAUGCAGCACUAUCAACAGAACUGGGAUCAGCAGCAAGCCUGCACUUCAGGCUGCUGCAGGUACUGCUGCUGCAAGCAGACGCAAGACAUGCACCAACAAUACAUGCAGCAGCAGCAACAGCAGCAGCAGCAGCAGCAGCAGGAAGAAAUGCAGCACUAUCAACAGAACUGGGAUCAGCAGCAAGUGCAGCAGCAGCAGUGGGCUCCUGAGCAGCAGCAACAGCAGCAGCAGGAGUGGACGCCUGAGCAGCAGCAGCAAUGGGAGCAGCAGCAGCAGUGGGAGCAGCAGCAGCAGUGGGAGCAGCAGCAGCAAUGGGAGCAGCAGCAGCAGCAAUGGACUCCUGAGCAGCAGCAGCAAUGGGAGCAGCAGCAACAAUGGCAGCAGCAGCAGCAGCAGCAGUGGUCUCCUGAGGAGCAGCAGCAGUGGGAGCAGCAGCAGCAGUGGGCUGGCGAGGCGCAGCAGCAACCAUGGCCUGCAUCGCAGCAAGAGCAGCAGCAGCAGCAGGAGCAGCAGCAGCAGCAGCAGCAGUUGUGCUCAGCAGCAGUGGGAGCAGCAGCAGCAGUGGGCUGGCGAGGCGCAGCAGCAACCAUGGCCUGCAUCACAGCAAGAGCAGCAGCAGCAGCAAGAGCAGCAGCAGCAGCAGCAGCAGUUAUGCUGCAGCAGCAGCAGCAGCAGCAGCAGCAUGCAAGGGUGCAGCAGGAGGAGCAGCAAACAGCAGUUCAGUCGGCGCUGCAGCAGCCUUCUGUUGCUCUCUGUGCUUGCUGCCCCUCCUGCUCCUGGCAGCAGCAGCAGCAGCAGCAGCAGCAGCAGCAGGAAGAACAGCAGGGACAAGACCAGCAGCAACUGCUGCACCAGCAGUCGCAGCCGCAGCAACACGAACUGCAGCAGCAAGAACUGCAGCAGAUAGAACUGCAGCAGCAACAAUCCCAGCUGCAGCAAGAUUUGCAGCAGAUACAGCAGCAGGAAGAGCAGCAGCAGGAACAGCAGCAGCAGGAAGAACAGCAGCAGCAGCAGCAGCAAGAGGAACAGAAGGAUGGCCUGUUGCUGCUGCAGCAGCAGCAGCAACUCCAAGAGAGGCUGAAGCUGAGGAGGCAGCAGCAGCAGCAGCAGAGACAGGAGCAGCAGCAGCAGAAGCAACAGAAGAAGCAGCAGCAGCAGCAGCAGCAGAAGCAGAAGCAGCAGCAACAGUGCGAGCGUGUGAAGUGCGGCGCCCGCAGAAGAUGCCGCCAGCAGCACUAA